CCAUCUCUGUGAAAGCGACUGUUACGGUAACUAAUGCCAAAAACCGAGUAGUUAGGCCCCUGGUCUGCGAUCCCUCCUCUGCCGACCCAAUAUCCUCCUCCAUUGCUGUUCUGCCACUCUUCAGCCUGUCUCCGUUGUUUCACCGCUUGCCCCCGCCCCUGACGAGUUCAAAUUCCGGCCUCGAUCCCGUGCAUUUGCGGCCACAGUACACACGUCCUGUCCAUUUUCCACCACUCAUCGACUAGCUGUUCUUUUUGCAUAAAAUUACCAGCUACCGGUUGAUCGGACCACCAUCGCCGCACUCACGCUCGGACAGUAAGAGAGUGCCCUCACCACACACCACAUAACCAGAUCCAGCCAUGGCGACCUUCACCAAGAUCGCAGAGGAUGCUCGCCCCAGCAUCACGUUGAACCCCUCCCAUGUCGUCUCCAAAAUCGAUGACAACGUCUAUGGUGGCUUCACAGAGCACAUGGGAAGAUGUAUCUACGGUGGCAUAUACGACCCCGGCAACCCUCUCUCUGAUAAGAACGGUUUCCGCAAGGAUGUUAUUGAGGCUUUCAAGGAGCUGAACUGUCCCGUUGUGCGGUACCCCGGUGGUAACUUUGUUGCUACCUACCACUGGAUUGACGGCGUCGGUCCCAAGGAAAACCGUCCCAAGAGACCUGAGCUGGCUUGGAUCGGCGUCGAGAGCAAUGAAUUCGGAACAGACGAGUUCAUGAAGUGGUGUGAGGUUGUUGGCGCUGAGCCUUACUUGGCCCUCAACUUUGGCACCGGCACACUUGAUGAGGCUCUUGCGUGGGUUGAGUACUGCAAUUCUGACAAGGACACCUACUAUGCCAACCUCCGCCGCAAGAAUGGACGCGAGAAGCCUUACAACGUCAAAUACUGGGCUCUGGGCAACGAGUGUUGGGGUCCCUGGCAGGUCAUGCAAAUGACCAAGGAGGACUAUUCCAAGCAGGCUUACCAGUGGGCCAAGGCACUCAAACUUCUUGAUCCCUCUUUAGAAUUGAUCCUCUGCGGUGAGACUGGCUUCAGCAGCUGGGACACAUAUGUCAUCAAGGAGUGCAUAACAUGGAGUUUGCACGGUCUGGGUGGUAGCACCACUGCGUCCUUGAUCGACAUGCACAGCAUUCAUCUUUACACUGCGUCGGAAGACCAUCUGAAGAACGCAACAGCACCCAGAGCCGCCGAGCGCGCCAUUGAGAUCACUGGCAGUCUUAUCGACCUGGCCCGCAUUGAGAACAAGGUGCCUCCCACGUGCAAGAGGCAGAAGAUUUGCUUCGAUGAGUGGAAUGUCUGGGAUCCCGUCAGAGCACCCGGUGAAGAGGGUGCCGAGGAGGCCUACACUCUUUCCGAUGCUCUCGCUGUCGGUGUUUGGCUCAACGUAUUUGUCCGUCAGGCAAAGUACGUUGGCAUGGCCAACAUUGCUCAAUCAGUCAACGUCAUCUCCCCCUUGAUGACUACGAAAGAAGGCAUCACCAAGCAAACCACUUGGUGGCCUCUGUUGCUGUUCAGCAAGUACAUGAGAGGCUCUACCAUCGCCACUCACGUUCGCGCUCCCGAGUACGAGGGUGCUACCGAGCCUGUCUGGAUCCGCGGCGCCAUCGAGACUCCUUACCUUGAUGUUAGUGCCACCAUCGACGACAACGGCUUCGUCAACCUGGCUGUCGUCAACGUCCACGAGACCAAGGGGUUCUCCGUCGACCUUGAGGGUGUCAAGGAGGGUGCCGAUGUCCAGGUUUACACCGUCACCGGCGAGAACGUCAAGGUCGUCAACACCGGUGAUAAGAACCCCGUCGGUAUUACUGAGAGCAAGUGGGAUGGCAAGGGCCCGUAUGAAUUUGCGAAGGCCUCGGUCACGCUGUUGAGAUGGAAGCACUAGAAGGACUGCCUCGAAUAAGACGGUGAAUGGGUAAAGGGGACAUGGCUUCCUACGUGACACUAUCUGGGAACUGCAUAUGAUGAGAUAUGAACGUCAUCGAUGCAGAGUCGGGCCCGGAAGGGAGAUGGGCUGGCAGGUCCA